CGUAAGACGGCACCGCGACGCAGGCAGCAGUGCGCGUGCGCGGCGGGGGCUGGUGGUGCCCCGCGGCCCGGAGCAGGAGCCAACAUGGCGGCGGAGCGCAAGACGAAGUUGUCCAAGAACCUGCUGCGCAUGAAGUUCAUGCAAAGGGGACUGGACUCAGAGACCAAGAGACAACUAGAAGAGGAAGAAAAGAAAAUCAUUAGUGAAGAGCACUGGUAUUUGGAUUUGCCAGAGCUUAAAGAAAAGGAGUGUUUCAUAAUAGAAGAGCAGAGCUUCUUGUUAUGUGAAGACCUUCUCUAUGGAAGAAUGUCAUUCAGAGGAUUUAAUCCUGAGGUUGAGAAAUUAAUGCUUCAGAUGAACUCCAAGAACAAAACAGAGGAAGUUGAAGGUGAAACAGUGGAGCUCGAUGUAUCAGAUGAAGAAAUGGCUAGAAGAUAUGAAACCUUGGUGGGGACAAUUGGAAAAAAGUUUGCCAAAAAAAGAGACCGGGUCAACUAUGAAGAAGAUGAAAAUGGACACGUAAAACCAGUUAAAGUAAAGAAGAUGUUCUUAAAGCCCCAGGAUUGAAGUGGAUGCUUUAAGACAGAGCUCAGGGGUGCCUCAUGAGGGUUAGUAUAUUGUGGAACUCAUUCUGAUGGCUUCUCUGUAGUUAUUCAAACUGUGAUGUUUGAAUGUAAAGAGGUGGAUAAUUUUGGAAACAUGCCACUUUUGAAACAUAUGUGGUGGAUGUUAUACAUCCUUUGCUUCAUGGUGUUCAUCAAGAAUGGAUUUUUAGCCUUCGAGUUUCAAAUGUACAUAGGGAUGUGGCUGCUUCCUAAAGACUUUGUGACUUCAGAUUUUUUUUUAAUGGAGCUCUCUUGUCACUGACCUUGAAUUGGCACGUAAAAAUUAAACCAGUGUUUAAGUUGCCCUUAUGUUUCUAUUUUACUUUAAAUUAUGAAUCAUGCCAAGCCAAUGUAUACAUACAUUCUGGAAUCAAACAUAAUGAGGGUUUAUUAUAUAUAUAGAUUCAUCAAGAGCAAACAUGCCUCUCCAGCCUACAGUACUUGCAUGCUACCGAGUCAUUGUUGGUUUGUGGAAUUACUGGUUUUUGUUUAAAGCUUUUACUUAAUAAAAAAAAAUUAUUCUCUAAUAAAUUAAGUUUUCAUAUA